AUGUCCCGUGUUAUGCUGUUUCUCAACACUUGUGUGCCGCUCCGGACUUUCCUAGCUGCCGGACUGGAAACUGUCGGAACCACCAUGCUGUGGGCAUUUCAUGCACUGGCAAGCCACCAGGAUGUACAAGAUCGCCUGCGAAACGAAAUUAACGCAGCGGGCGACGGGAAAGGUAGCGAGCUCAAGUAUUCAGACAUCUACAAGCUAGAGUUAUUAGAUCACUUUGUCAAAGAAGUUCUCCGCUGCUAUCCUCCCUCCACAUGUUCCAUGCGUGAAACCAUACAUAACGUUUCAAUAUGCGGCCAACUUAUCCCUGCCGGCACACAUGUCCUCAUGUUUCCAAUUAUGCCUCAGUCUAACAGUAUUAUAUGGGGUAGAGAUCCGGAGAAAUUUGAUCCUGAUCGUUGGAAAACUUUGCCAACUUCAGCUCGUGAUGGAUAUACAUUCCAAGCGUUCAAUACCGGUCCGCGAGCCUGCCUAGCAACCAUGCAACACCCAACAUUACAGCCGGAAGUCGACCCCAACCCCGUCGUCUCCUCCUCCUCUUCCUCCUCCUCCUCCAACCCUCUUCCCGCACACCUAAACCCGGCCAAUUACCCGCAGACCCGCUACUUCUCCGACUCAAACAUCCAUCUAGAACUAACCUACAACCCCCUCGACCCAACAAAGAGCCUCGCACAGAUCCGCUCGCCCCACGCAGGUGCCAACGUCCUCUUCCUGGGCACCACCCGAUCAACGUUCGACAACCGCCCCGUUGCCCGCCUCACAUACACCAGCUACGCGCCCCUGGCGCUGCGCACAUUGGAGAAAAUCGCCCGCGGUGCAGUGACCAAAUAUCAGCUGUGUGGCAUAAGUAUAUCGCAUCGCCUGGGCGAGGUCCGGGUUGCGGAGGAAUCAAUUGCUAUUGCCGUCGCUGCGGGACAUAGGCGCCCCGCGUGGAGGGCUGGGGAGGAAGUUUUGGAGGAAUGUAAAGCGGCAGUGGAGAUCUGGAAGCGGGAGGAGUUUAUUGGGGCUGGGGCUGGGGAAGGGGAGGGCGAGUGGAGGGCAAAUCGGGACACAGAUUCGCAGGGUAACUGUCGCGGGGAUAAAGUGGCAGAGGGCUAA